CCUUUUUUUGGUGGGAAGAACACUCCAUAAAUAAUCGAUUUGCUCAUAUAAUUCUCUCCAUCACUACCGCGAUUCUCCUCCAUUGAUAACGCCAGCACUGGAGCUGUGCACUGAAGAUUUCAGUCGCAAUUUCUCCCAUCAAUAAUAAUUACUACUUUCUACGUUUCGAGAAUUUAUUCCUCUGCUUUUUCGCUGCCAUUUUCUCCUCAUCCACAGCUUUUUCUGAGAAAUCCACAUUCGCAACAGAGACUGGAUCCACAGGAGAAAAGGAUAAUUUAUGGAGGGCGACGCAGGAAGAGGUUCGGAAUGCCUGAGGACUACAGGUGGGAGGGCGAGUAGUGACAAUGGUUCUAGUAAGGCCAUAAGUAUACCCUCUUGUUGCUUGAAAGCAAGGGCAUCUGCACCGGAGCUAGAUGCCAAGUGCCACUCAACUGUUGUUUCUGGAUGGUUCUCUGAAAUCCAGUCAUCCUCCGAUGAGUCUUUGAAGGAAGUCUACUUUAACAACCCAAUGUGGCCAGGAGAGUCACACUCCCUGAAAGUCGAAAAGAUUUUGUUCAAGGACAAGUCAAAGUAUCAAGAGGUUCUGGUUUUCCAGUCAUCAGCAUAUGGAAAGGUUCUUGUGCUAGAUGGCAUUGUUCAGUUGACGGAGAAAGAUGAAUGUGUUUACCAGGAAAUGAUAACCCAUCUCCCUCUUUGUUCAAUUGAAUCACCCCAAAAUGUUUUGGUGGUAGGUGGUGGUGAUGGUGGCGUCCUUAGAGAAAUUGCCCGUCACAGCUCUGUGAAGUUGAUUGAUAUUUGUGAAAUCGAUCAGAUGGUCAUAGAUGUAAGCAAGAAAUUUUUUCCAGAGUUAGCUAUUGGUUUUGAGGAUCCUCGUGUGCAUCUUCAUGUUGGUGAUGCUAUUGAAUUUCUAAAGCAAACACCUGAAGGGAAAUAUGAUGCAAUUAUUGUUGAUUCGUCAGACCCUGUGGGUCCUGCUCAGGAGCUUGUGGAGAGACCUUUUUUUGAGACCAUUGCCCGAGCAUUAAGGUCCGGUGGUGUUCUUUGUAACAUGGCAGAAAGUAUGUGGCUUCAUACACAUCUAAUCCAGGAUAUGUUAACUAUAUGCCGAGACAUUUUUAAAGGUUCUGUGCGUUAUGCAUGGGCUAAUGUCCCUACAUAUCCAAGUGGCGUUAUAGGGUUUCUAUUAUGCGCAACUGAGGGGCCACCUGUUGAUUUUGUACACCCUAUCAACCCUAUUGAGAAGUUGGAUGGUGCACUUGACUAUAGAAGGGAAAUUAAAUUUUACAACUCCGAGAUUCAUAGAGCUGCCUUUGCAUUGCCAUCUUUCGUAAGGAGGGAGGUAGAAGCUCUCCGGGGUUGACCAACUUCUUUAAAGUCAGCCGAAGCUGGUUUUGUGCCUCGUUGCGCACCAUAUUAAACAUGUCAAUGGCGUUUGCGUCGAUAAGACUCUAUUAUUAUGACUGAUGAUGCCUGACUAGGGUUAGAGUGGGGAUAAUACAUAUUCUAAUUAGUGUGGAUUUUUGGAUUUGGCUGUGGUUGAUUUGUUGCUUGUGUUACUGGAGUCGUAUUGUGUAUGUGGGUGGUGUUGUGUUUUUCAAUAAAUUCGUCAUGGUGUUUCA